GAUGCAUCAAUCUUGAUAAUCAGCUGCUUGCGAAUAUUUCUUGAAUAUUGAAAUAGUUUAAAUUUAACAACAAUACUUGAAAAUGGCUGAAGCCAAUGCUGCUGAAUCAACAAAUGGGAGGAAAAGAAACUUUCUGAUAUAUUUUUAAACGGCUGGAAUCUCUAUGAUGAGCUCGAAAUCACCGAGCUGCCGUUCAAUGGCAACGAGUUUCAGAAUAAAGUUAAGUCGGCAAUGGGGCUUUUUGAAGAGGCCACGAUUAUUGUGAACCAAGUGAGCAUGUUCAGCGCCAAUGAGUUGAUCGACGAAGUUUCCACAGAUUCGCUUCCCUUUAUGCUGCUGCCAUACUUUCUGGGCAAGCUCACCACUAAGGUGAACAAUCCGAAUAGCACAGAAAUGCUCGAGCUGGGUGAAAUCUAUUUCAAUGAUCAUCUGCAACGCUGUCAGGAAUACGAACUUUGUGAAGCGCCCAAGAGCAAAGUGGAGCGGGACAACAAAACGGAUGCAGCGCAGCAGAAAAGCGAGCAGUGGGAAUUAAUGCAAGCGGCAUAUAAUCGUAAUGAUAAAAUCGCACAGUAUCGCAAGAUGAAAGAGAUUGACGAAUACGUGAACAAAAUGCGACAAGCCGUUAAAAACAAAACCGCUGACGAUGAAGUGCGUCGUGAGUUCUUUUUAAAGUAUUUGGAGAAGAGCAUCAUGGAUACCAAGCAGGAGUUGGAAAACCUACGCGUAAUGAAGGAGAUGGUUAAAAUGCGGCUCUCACACAUUAAAGCUGGCGAGAAGGAAGCAUCGGGAAGCACUAUGGCACCGCAACCACUAAAAGCUGCUGGCCACAGUCAUGGACCACAUCAUCAUCAUCACCACCAUCAUCAGGCAGAGUCGAAACCAAAGCCUCUGCAACCCUUUAUCAUAACCCGCAAUGCGACACAGAAGGCUGUUUUUGGCUUAGGUUAUCCCAGUUUGCCAAUCAUGACCGUUGACGAGUUUUAUCAGCAGCGUGUCGACGAGGGCAUCUUUCCCGACGAACAGAAAAUGGCCAAGAUUAAUCAAGAGAAAGCAAUUGCUGCUGCCCUAGAUCCCAACGUUCAGGAGGAUGAGGAAAAGGCGAUUGUCGAGGAACAGGAACAGGAUGACGAUCCCGAGUAUUUGGCACGGAUGCGACGCAUGGAUGAAUACAAGGAUGUGGUGCGUCGUGGUGAUGGAAAUCGACACAAUCGUAGUUAAACUACUUACUCCGUUUUUUAUACGCACUUAAUAAAAGUAUUUUUUAUUUUCAAAAUAGAAAA